AUCGGUAAACAUGGGUGACAGAGACUAUAACCUGACGGCGGAGCAGCGCGCGACCAAAGCCAAGUACCCGCCCGUCAACAAGAAGUACGAGUAUUUAGACCACACUGCAGAUGUACAGUUGCAUUCAUGGGGUGGCACGUUAGAAGAAGCAUUUGAACAGGUUGCCAUGUCUAUGUUUGAUUAUAUGACUGACAUAGAAACUGUGCAUCCUACAGACACACUUGAAGUAAAGGCUGAAGGAGAUGACAUGAUGUCUCUGCUCUUUCAUUUUUUGAAUGAAUGGCUAUAUCGAUUUAGUGCAGAUAUGUAUUUUAUUCCAAGGGAGGUGAAAGUAGUUAGUUUGGACAGAAUCAAUUAUAAGAUUCGAUCUAUUGGGUGGGGGGAAGAGUUUGAUUUGGCCAAACAUCCACAGGGCACUGAAGUGAAAGCCAUCACCUACUCAGCAAUGCAGAUUCAUGAAACUGAAACUGCUGAAAUUUUUGUUAUCAUUGAUAUUUAACUCUUUGAAAUUUUUUUUUCUGAAUUCUACAACUAUCAGUUAUAAAAUAAAUUCAACGCAACUGUUAACAGCUAAAAAUUUUGGUGUAGGACGUUUAUCCUUUGAUGGUGGGCAAGACCCAGUCAGUACCAGUAUCAAGAUAACUGGCUUUUACAUCACCUCAUUCUCCUUUUCAUUCGAUGAAAUAUUUCCAUAUAUUUUUCAGAAGCCACCCAGCCGAUAAAUAAAUAAUACUUGCAUUUGACAUAGCGCUCUUCGCGACUUCUGGAUGUCUAUAAGUGCUUCACAGAAUAGACUGUAAAGUGAAUUGACUGUAUAUUUGUGAGAGAAACGCGGAAGCCAAUUGUGCACAGCAGUGUCCCACAAGCAGCGAUGGAUUGAAGUGACCAAUUUAUUAUUGUUUUUUUUUUGAGGGAUUAUUAUCGCGUAUGGAAUAAGGAAACUGGAGUAAGGAUAGAUGAUGGGAAACUGUCAAAAUAAGUCCCUUGAAGUAGGAAUCAGAGGUACUUUAUUUGAAGCAGUGCUUUAUUUCACAUGUUUUUUUUCAGUUUAAAAUCUCCCUUUCUGAAAAUAUAUGCUUUUGCAGUUCAUCCGCCUACAACAUAGACUAGGAAAUAUAGUAACAGUUUGGCAGACCGGUUUACAUGAUGUCAUGUAGGAUUUAUGUACCUUGUGGGAGGUUUCUAUAGACAGGUAAGUUAUUUUUGUUUCAGGUCUGCCCUUCAUCUGACAAAAUAUAGAUUAUCCGAACACUGGAAAAACACAGCAUGCACUGGACAAACUGGUAAGACUUGAUAAGGCGCUACAUCACAGAUAAGGCACACAGAGCCUAAUAAUAAUCCCUCCAAAACAAAAAACAAUAAUAAAUUGGUCAUUUACAAACCACGACUGUUUGUGGGACAUUGCUGUGCGCAAUUGGCUGCCGCGUUCGCCCACAGUUAAUUCACUUUACAGUGUGUUCUGUGAAGCGCUUUGGGACGUCCUCCCGACGUGAAAAGCGCUAUAUCAAAUGCAAGGAUUAUUAUUAUAUCAAAUGUAAAGAUUAUUUUUAUUAAGCACCUAAGUGAAUGCAAAAGGUGUUACCAGAGUAUCUUAUCAAUUGUAUAACUUACCAAAGUUUGUGGUAAUGUUAAGAACUGAUGCGUUUGUAAUUGAACCUUUAAGAUCAUGUUAAUAUACUGAGGAAAAUUAAAGUUUUAGUAAUUCUAUACAAUAAUGCCUCUGAAAUCAUGAGGUGUUUGGGGGUAAGAGAAGGAAAUCGCAAGUACUAUAAUUUUUCAAGUAACAUUGAGAUGCAUCAAAUACUGUAUAUUUCUCAAAGAAUUCUUAUCACUUUGAAAUUGUGAAAAGCAAUUUCAUACCUGGUGAGAAUAUAUGUGUGAAAAGUUGCCAUAAAGGUUCGACCUUCACUUUAAUGUGUCUGGUAACUAUCUUAAAAUCUUGAUGUACUAUUUUAAGGUGUUUGUAUUAAACUUUGAUGAAAUCAUGUUUUAUUGAUUUGAGAUUUACAAUAAAUUUGUUAAAAUGC